UGCGCCUGCGCCAGCCACGUAGGUUUGUUAUUGUCACGUGACAGCUGAUCCAACGCUGUGUAAACUUUUGCCUAGCUAACCACGGGAGUAACUAGCGAGAAAUGAUGAAAUAUCAAGAAACACUCUCUGCCGACGUGUGACUACAAGGCUAUAUAAGCCCGUUUGAAUCCAUAUGUGAACGUCAAAUCGUUUAAAGCGGACUCGAUAGAACUGUUACUUACAGGGUUAGCUAGCCAUGCUAAUGUUAAAGUAAGCGUUAGCAUUAGCAUUAGCCAAAGCGUGAAUGAGGAAGAAGUGUGUGAACUUCCCGACAACCGACUGAACUCGCAUUUUCUCUUCCUAGGCUCUUUUCAGUAUGCGGAACCGACAGAGGGGAUCCCACUUGGGCUUGAUGCUCCUGGCCUCCCAGCUGUUCCUGAUGGGUCUGGACAACAUCCCCCCAGUCACCCUGGCUGUCCUGGGACUCAACGUGUACCUUUACCUGUUCCCUGCAGCUCCACUGAUGCAGGCCUGUGUGAGUGUCCAGCAGGCAUACUGGUUUAAAGACUGGCGCCGUCUUCUGCUGUCCCCGCUGCACCAUGCCGAUGAUUGGCAUCUCUACUUCAACAUGGUGUCCUUCCUGUGGAAAGGUACCAAGCUGGAGCGCCGGCUGGGCGGCCCCUGGUUCCUCUACCUGCUGGCAGUCUUCUCUCUGCUGACCGGAGUGGUCUACCUGCUGUUGGAGGCAGGUUUAACAGAGCUCACCCAGGACCAGUCCUACAGCAUGGCCUGUGCUGUUGGCUUCUCAGGUGUCCUGUUUGCUCUGAAGGUGCUCAGUAACCAUUACCACCCUGGAGGUGUCACCUAUGUGAUGGGGUUCCCUGUGUCUAAUCGCUAUGUUAGCUGGGUGGAGCUAGUGCUGAUCCACGUGACAUCACCUGGGACUUCUUUGAUUGGUCACCUGGCAGGUAUCUUGGUGGGUCUGCUCUACACUGCUGGACCACUGAAGGCCGUUAUGAAGAAAUGUGCAGGGUUUGUGAUAUUGAACGGAUAUAACUCCCAGCCCAGUGGGUACUACAACUCUUCAGGCUCUUCAGGCUACAGUGGCACUAGUGGAGGAUACUCAGGAAACCAUCAGUAUCCACCAGAUUACACAACAAAUUAUGGAUCAUCUUAUACAGGUGGACUGACGGAGCGAGAGCAGUUAGAGGCGGCCAUCAGAAACAGUCUGCAUGACAGAGGCGGAACCAGCCAGGGUGGAGCUCCUCCUCCCUAUGGCUUCCAUCUCUCCGAGGAGGCGAGAGCGGAGGACAUCCGCUUAAGGAGACUGAGAAGGUUUGACAGUUGAACCGCCAGGCAGCGGAAGGAAAGAAAAAGGUGUAGGUGACAAGACUGAAGAGGAGUUCCCUCUUGAAGCCUCGUCCAAACUCUGCUACCCAGGCUGAUGGAGAGCAGCCUGCAUGAGAAGGUCCAACCACACAGACUGACACUUUUAACAGCUCUUUACCUGUGUGGUCUGUGGGCCUGUUUACAUGAGUCUUUACCAAAGAGUUAAUGUUAUCUAUGGAAAGCUUCUUUAAUGUGAAUUACCAGAGCGUGAGUAUAUAGGCUUCUGAGCAGAGUAGGGUGGGCAUGUCUGACAAUGCAGCAAAGGGAAUAUGUAAUGUUUCUCAUGUCAUUUUCUCUUGCAUUACCACUUAAAGUUAUGAAACAGUUAUUGGACAUCAUAUCAAAUGCCUUAAAGGACAAUUCCGGCACAAAAUGAAUCUAAGUGUUAAUAACACAUGGGUUCUGAGUCGACUGUUCUCUGGGAGAUGUUUUCAUGUUCACCGAAUGUGACCAGUUUUAGCGCAAACCGCUAACUAGCUUAUAGCGCUAGUCAUCCUGGCACGCAAAAGUAAAAAGAAACCGCCAUUUCUAUACCACUAACAAGGAUCAAAAUGGCUCCACACGUAGCAUGAGGGUCCCUACAUGUAAACCGAAGCAUUGAGAACUCUUUUAGUGUACGGACAGUUUAUUAAAGUUUAUAAAGACGUACCGUUCUGUAUACCAAACAAUCAAUGCUUCGGUUGACAUGAAGGGACCCUCAUGUUGCUACUGUGGACGUGUGGUGCCAUGUUAAGCCUGGUUUGUGGUGUAAAAUAGCGGUUUCUUUUUGCAUGCUGUAACGACUGGCUUUAUAAGCUAAUUAGGGGUUUUGCACUAAAAUUGGUCACAUUUGAUUGGCGUGAAAACAAAUCCCAGAGAACAGUCGACACAGUAUGUGUUAUUAACCCCUAGGUUCAUUUUCCACUGCAAGUUUCCUUUUUAAAGUAGAUUGUUAUGGCUGAAUUUCAUCCAGACCACCAAACAUGUUAUGGGCACUAUUACUUUCCUAAUGUCUCAAUACAUCUUUUUUUUU